AUGCAUUUUUCUCCUCUUCUAAUUCUCAUUUUUUCGUUGGCGACCCUCGAUUCUAUCGAUGCUACAAGUUGUAUUGAUGGUUUUGUAUUGGUGAAUGGUGCGAAAUGUGUUAAAUUGGUGACAGAUCAUGCAACACGGGAUGCAGCGAGACGAGAAUGCAAUUUGAUGGGUGGACAUUUGGUGACGAUCAAUAAUCAGAUUGUGAGUUUUUCCCUCACAGAUCUUUCUAGUUAUCAAUUUUAGGACAACAAUGCAAUCUUCAAGAUGGCAAUUUCUAGCAACUCCCCAGUUUGGUUGGGAAUAAAAUGUACAAAUGGUGCAACUCUCUAUGAUUAUAGUUGUAAUUGGGCAGAUUAUUCGUAUGUUAGUUACACAAACUUCUAUCAAAAUUACCCGAACUCAACUCACGGUUCAUGUGUUUAUAUGUCAAAUCAAAUCGCUAAUCAAGGAAAUUGGUUCAACGGUGAUUGUAAUCAAACAAAAACGAGUUAUAUUUGUGAAACUAAUGUUGUUGGAACUUGCGCGAAUCAAAAUAAUGAGUAUUGUUAUUGGACAAUUGGGGAACUGACGAAAGAUGAAGCUGUGAAUGCUUGCGCUAAAACUUGCGGCGGUCAAAUUGUCUCUAUUCAUAAUUAUUAUGAGAAUCAAAACUUAUACUACAACGUAAUGCGUUAUAAUGAUGGAACUUUGCGAUAUGUUCGAAUUGGAGCGCAAUUAUCUAGUAACAAUUUGAAUUCUUGGAUCGAUAAUUCAACUUGGGAUUAUUCAAACAUCGGAUAUCAAAAUUCAGACGUCGGAUCGUGCUAUAGUAUCUCAAUGAAAGAUCAAGAAGUUGCUCAGGGUAAAUGGAUAAGUUCGGAUUGCUCACAUCAAUUGCCCUCAUUCUGCAAGCGUCUGGCGACUGCUACCUGUGCUCCAACACCCGAUACACCAACACAAUGCACAACGCCAACAUAUUUAAGCUCAACAAAUGCGAGUUUGGUUGAAUCUCCAAAUUAUCCAUAUCCAUAUUGUACAAAUCCAGUCGGACCUUGUUAUUAUGUUUUGACUGGGUUGCAUAAUACAACUUUGAAUAUACGAUUCCCGGUUUUCAAUUUGGAUGCGGUAAGGUAUUGGGAUUGAGAGCGUUUACGAAAUGAAAAAAAAAACACUUUUUUGAUUUGGCGAAUCGCCUCAUUUUCAAAAACUGUGGCUGCCAAAUCCCAAGUAAACCUUAUUUCAAUUUCAGAACUCAACAAUCGAUCUUUACUCCUCAUUCGACGAUACCACACCAUUCCAAACAUUGACCAAAACAAGCUCAAGUGGAAGUUUCAAAUGGUACAGCUCCCCUAGCAAUCUUAUCAAACUAGUUUUCAACGACAAAACCACCGAUUGCAACAGCACAUCAGCGGUUUAUAGUUGGAAGGCGGAAUUCCAACCAACGAAUCCGAAUGUUUGCGGAACUGCGAGUCAUUCGACACCAGGACAUUUUACAUCGCCAAAUUAUCCGGCGGCAUAUCCAAAACAAUAUACUUGUGACUAUUAUAUCACAAGUAAGAGCAAUAAAAGGUAAGUACGUUAAUUUUGGAAUAAUACAUACACGUGGAGAGACGUUCAUUACAGAGUUCAAAUCCGAUUCGAUGAAUACUACUUGGCUUUGGGUGACUACAUCUAUGUUUUUGAGGGUAAUACUCCAUCGAACGCCAUCUCAACCAUUAGUGGAAGUGGGGUCAAUAAGACAGUUACAACAUCGCUGCAAACUUCGAUGAUGGUGCGAUUCUCCUCGUAUGGAAGUUAUCCGGCGCAAUUCGGAUUCACGGCUAGAUAUUAUGAUGCUUGA